AUGACAGUGUCUGAGAUUACUCCAAUGAUGACAUCUUUCCGAGAAUUGGCUUCAGAUUCUUCUAUAUGUAUUUCCACUUCCUCAGAUCACUUACAAACUGGACAAGUACGUGACGGUUCAGUGGAAAGAAGCACGACUGAUUCCACAGAUCAGUUGAUUAAGAUGAGUGACGCCAGCGAAAAAAAUGAUGAAAUGAAUACCGCUGGAUAUUCACAAAAACGAAUGUUUCAAAUGUUUAUAGGUUUACAGGGUGACACCGACUUGGAUAUGUGGCGUAGCGCUCCUGCUCCAGAUGAUAUCCGUAGCCGAGCUCUGUUUGCUAGAAAAUCAUCUGGAACAUCAUUGAAUUCGUUAACGUCCAUCGAUAUUAUGCCGAAUCAAGAUAUACCAGUUUUUGUUGCUGAUCGCAAUCCGUCCUGCAAGUUAGCUUCUGAUCUUCUCGAUUUAUAUCUUAAUAAUAUCGACACAGAUAUUGUGGUGAAAACUGAUAAUGGCGAACUUUUCGCACAUAGGUGCAUCCUGUCAGCGACAUGUCCUUAUUUCCGCAAUCAACUUCGAACACAGCGAGUUGAUUGCAUUGAACUGAAAGGGUAUUCAAGAACAGUUGUACACUUUUUCUUAUCAUUUCUUUAUGGUGGCUUAACAACAAUUGGUGCUGAUGUUGAUGUAUGGGAAUUAAUAUCGCUGGCAACACACCUCGAUGUCGAUAAUCUAAUUCAAGUUAUACUCUUUCACUUCAAAGCCAAUAAAUGCCAUUUUUUCCAUCGACCUUGUGCUUCAUGUGUUUCUGCCAUUUUUGAUGCGCUUCCUCAUUUCUAUUCAGUUAAAUGUCUUCAACCACUAUACUAUGAAGCUCUAAAAUGGCAAGCAAAGCAUUUUUCAAGAAUAUGGAGAGGUCGAGUUUUCUUGCACUUGAAUUCUCGGUGGCAAAAGGAAUGUUUUGAGGCAGUUGUUCGAGAAAUGGAUGAGGAAUCACUAAUCGAUGCAUUACUUGGGUGUGAAAGGUUACAGGCCUCUUUGCCUCGAUUCAAAUCGACUGUUGCGAGUGAAGCGGUUGGAAUUCUUGUAAAUGAUGUUCUCGACUACAUUCAAGAAUUUCUUCAUCAGUCCUUUGAUUUGGUUAUCAGUUCAGAAAGUUUUAAAUCGCAAGGAAAGGGAUUGGCUCUGAAUCUUUCUUUGUUAGAAAGCAUUUUUCCAGCUGUUGUUCAUGGCCUUAAAAUUGAUACGGCUAUUCGAUCAUAUCUUAAUAUUUCUUCAUUGAUGGCAUCCAUCGACAAUGAUAGUACUUCAGAAGACCGCUGCAUGGUACCAAAAGAAAUUCUUGAUGAAUGGAGCUCGCGAUUCGUAAAUUUGGUGCGACGACUUUAUGAACUGAUUGAUAGGCAUAUCUUACAUUAUGCAGCCAGUGCAAUGAAAUCCGAAUGUUGGAGUUUAUUAAGUGAAGCUGAGAGGCAACGAAUCAAGGAAUGCGGUCUUUUUGUGGAACUGAAAGAGCCAAAAGCACCACCACCGAAAUUAUCAAGUCUAAGUCGGGUAAAUUUUCUAACACUAAACUUAUUCUUUGAAUCAAAGUAG